CAGUGGGCGUAGAAUCGAACGUUUCUCCGAGUUCAUACAUGACUUUCCGAUUAUCCGCACCCAACUUGGGCUACUUCAGUUUGUGAUACCUCCUGCCACGGUGAGCCGACAGAGAUGACGGAAAGCUCCGCCAACAAGCUGCUCAACGGAGACGCCUGUCGUCGGACGUCGACUGGGCAAAAAGCGAGCAAAAAUGGCUUCGUGAAGAACCACUGCCUGUUUCAGCAGCCGCACAAGUAUCGACGCACUGGGGAGAAGAACCAACAUGGCACACACAACUCGAGCCUGUACAAGAGGCCCUUUGUGGAAUCGUUUGAGCAGACUCCUCUACUGGUGGCUGUGCUUACCUACGUGGGCUACGGCAUCCUCACCAUCUUCGGCUACCUCCGGGACUUUCUCCGCCACUGGAACAUCGGGAAAUGCACCAUGGCCCGAGAGCGAGAAGAGCAGAAGGACUUUGUCCCGCUCUAUCAAGACUUUGAGAACUUUUACACCAGAAACUUGUACAUGAGGAUCCGAGACAACUGGAACAGACCCAUCUGUAGUGUACCUGGGGCAAAGAUGGACCUGAUGGAGCGGGUUUCCCCUGAUUACAACUGGACCUUCCAGCACACGGGCAAAGUGGUGAAGGAUGUCAUCAACAUGGGCUCGUACAAUUACCUCGGCUUUGCCGAGAACACCGGGGCUUGUGCUGACGCUGCUGUAGAGGUCACGCAAAAGUAUGGCGUUGGGGUGGGCAGCACUCGCUAUGAAUUAGGGAACCUUGACAUCCAUGAGGAGCUGGAGCAGUUGAUUGCCAGGUUCCUUGGUGUUGAGUCAGCUAUGGCGUUCGGUAUGGGCUUCGCUACUAAUUCCAUGAACAUUCCUGCUCUUACAGGGAAGGGUUGUCUCAUCUUAAGUGACGAGCUGAAUCAUGCAUCACUUGUGCUGGGAGCCCGUCUAUCGGGCUCAACAAUUCGGGUCUUCAAACAUAACAACAUGCAAAGCCUGGAGAAACUCCUGCGAGACGCCAUCGUACAUGGACAGCCAAGGACACAUCGGCCCUGGAGAAAAAUUCUCAUUGUGGUAGAGGGCAUUUACAGUAUGGAGGGUUCCGUUGUGCGUCUGCCAGAGGUCAUCGCCCUGAAGAAGCGAUACAAGGCAUACGUGUACCUGGAUGAGGCCCACAGUAUUGGGGCCUUGGGGCCCAACGGCAGAGGAGUGGUGGACUACUUUGGCCUCAGUCCCACAGAUGUUGACGUCAUGAUGGGAACAUUCACAAAAAGCUUUGGCAGUGCUGGGGGUUACAUCGGAGGCAAAAAGGAGCUGAUCGACUACCUGCGACAACACUCACACAGCGCCCUGUAUGCCACCUCUAUGCCUCCACCAGUGGCCCAACAAAUCAUCACCUCAAUGAAAAUCAUCAUGGGAGAGGAUGGGACCACACUGGGUGCAGACCGCCUCCGGCAGCUGUCCGAGAACACAAGCUACUUCCGCAGGAAACUUCGUGAGAUGGGCGUCAUCAUCUACGGCAACAGCGACUCACCUGUCGUACCCGUGAUGCUCUACAUGCCUGCCAAAAUUGGGGCGUUUGGCCGAGAGAUGUUAAGCCGGAACAUCGGCACAGUGGUCGUUGGCUUCCCGGCAACUACAAUCAUCGAAUCACGAGCACGUUUUUGCAUUUCGGCCGCUCACACAAGAGAAAUGCUCGACACAGUAUUGGAGGCCAUGAAUGAAGUGGGCGACCUGCUGCAGCUGAAGUACUCCAGACUUGGACAGUCGCCUCCUCCCAUCAGGUGGACAUCUGAGGAAAGCCAGCUUCAGGACUGAGACGCACACACACACACACACACACACACGUGCCCAUAUACACACAAUCUGAUAAAUGCCCUCUUGGCCUUCCAGUUUUAGUUAUGCACCACUUUGUCAUACGUCUUCUCACCACACUUCAAACCUCACGGGACUCACAAAAGUUUAUACAGUGGAUUUAAAAUCAAAACAAAAAGUCUACACACCUGUGUUUAAAAGCCAGGUUUUGUGAAACAAAAGAACUGACACCAAAAUAAAUACUUACAAAGCCUUUUCCAACGUUAAUGUGACCGAUAACUUGUAAAACUAAAAAAAGACAUUUUCCGACAUGCAUUUGGGAGAUUUCAAGUGUUUAUUUGUUUGUUGUUUACUUUGGAAGAUCUGGCAUUCCAUCUUUCCAGCUGCCGCAUAGACCAGAAAUAUGAAGAAGAGGGGACAUUGUUGUCAUAUGUACUAAACAACCAAUACUUGCAAGGAAUUCCUGCCGCUACUUUAAUGUUGCUAGCAGCCUUCCUGACCAAUUUUCUUCUCGUCUUUUCAUCAAUUUUGGAUAGGCCUCCAGUUCUUGGUAUUUCCUCAUUUUGAGGAUGACUGUCUGUAUUUAAUGCCUUGAAAAUUCUUUUGUGCCCUACUCCUGACUGAUGCCUCUGAACAAUGUGACACCGUUGCUGCUGCGGAAGCCCUCUUCGGACCAUGGCUUGUGCUGUAAGGUCUGACUUGAAAAAUGUCAGGAAAAGCCUACUUGAACAUCUGAACUUUGGAGUUCAUGAGAGGCACUAUACACAGUUGCAGGUGCAUAUAUAUAUAUAUAUAUAUAUAUUUGGGGGGGGCUUCCAAUCUCUAAAAGGUUCCAUUUUUUUAAUUGAGUUGUGCAGGUUCUUGGUAUCUUUGUUUUUGUUGUUGUUGUUUUUUCAAUCACAACAAAAAAACCUGGCAUUUGAACAGGGGUGUGUAGACCUUUUAUAUCCACUGUAUCUUCAGAGUCCUGAUUUUUUUUUAAAUCUUUCAACCUGCUCGCCAAUAGGAGAAGACCAACAUCAUGUAUAUAAUGUUCUGUCUAUUGAACGUUUUGACCUUUUCACUUGCUACCUUCUGACUGCAUCAAGACAUUAGGUUUUAUUCCCUUGAGCAAAUUGAAUGUGUGUUAUUUGGGCAAUAGUAACCACAAUGGAUUUUUUUUGCAAUUAAAAAAAAAAAAAAAAAAAAAAAAAACCUGGAGCAAAAUAU